AUGCUUCGAGCCUCAGCCUUGGGCGCCGGGCUGUUGCCAGUCCUCGUCUCCUCGGGAUCACCACCCUGCCUUUCCUCUGCAGCGUCGACCCAAGUGCUGGUUACCGCGUUACUGGUUACCCACUUGUUGGUUACCAGACGGCUGGCGAAGGCAGCCCCCUCCCUGCUGCUCGCACCGCUGCUGGUUACCCUGUUACCGGGUACGGACGAGUGGGGAGGAGCGGGGAGUGUAGCUGUGAUGGUGCUUCAAAGGAAUGUGAGAUCUGCUGUGCGGGUGCUUCAAACGAGGAUGAGAGCAGCUGCGGAGGUGCUUCAAACGAGGCCUGGGCGGAUGGGCAUGCUGCUGUGUCCGCCAGAGCAGGGGGGUAGGGGAACUGAAACGAGUGAGGAAGAAUGGGGAUGUUUGGCCGCUGAUUUUUGCCAGAGCUUUGCAGUUGGGGAUUUUGGGGUUGGGGUGUUGGGAGGGAGGGCGAGGCUUGUUGGGAAGGGGAAGAGGCGGAAGAGUGGUUGGGGAAGGAGAUUGAGGAGUACGAAUGGGUUAGCAAUGGGUAGGAGUGGGCUAGAGGCGAGUGAGGGUGGUGCAGGGGUGAGUGAGCGUGGUCAAUGGGAGACACUGGGAGGGAGUGGGGGGCACGCUGUACACCCUCUGAACUCAACUUGCUCCCCUGUGACUGGGGGGAUGGGUGGUGCUGCUGGUGUUGCUGGCGCUGCUGGUAUUGCUGGUGGUGCUGGUGUUGGUACUGCUGGUGGGGGUGCUGCAGGGUUGGGCGGGGCGGAAUCUCGAGAGAAGGAAGUGGCUGCUGCUGCAGCAGCUGCAGCCGCUGUUGCAACUGCUGCUGGUUCUGCUGCAGCAGCAGCUGCUGCUGCUGCUGCUGGUUCUGCUGCUGCUGCUGCUGCUGCUGCUGCUGCUGCUGCUGCUGCUGCUGCUGCUGCUGCUGCUGCUGCUGCUGCUGCUGCUGCUGCUGCUGCUGCUGCUGCUGCUGCUGCUGCUGCUGCUGCUGCUGCUGCUGCUGCUGCUGCUGCAUCGCUUGACCCAGGAACAGCCACUCGCAUGCUGCUAGUGACAGGUGGCCGUACGUCAUUGGUUCUGCCACCGCUGCUGGUGCUUGAGGUGGUGGUGCGUCAGGUGGUGCUUCAGGUGGUGCUUCAGGCGCUUCAGCAGAUUCGCCUGCUCCUCCUGAAUUCGCUGGAUUCUCGUGGUCGCUUCGCUGGCUGA